CUUAAAAAUUAAAAUCAUUUCAUUUCAUUUCUUCUUCAACGGGCAUCUUCAAUCUUUCACAAGGAUCCUUUUUUAACUUAAAGAGAACUUCCUGAGUUGUUGUGAGAUGGAAUUGGUAUCUGGGAAAGUAAUUCAAGGUUGCUCCAACGCAGGCAAUCCUUUCCAUGAGUGUACUGCUAUUUGUUUAGAUAAAUUAAACUCGGUGGAUAAUGUCUACAAGAAGGAGAAGAAGAUCUUUGGGUUUGGUAAGAGAACUCCAAGUAGGGAGACUCCUACAGGCAGCCCCGCUCGUGGAAGCAGAUCGCCUCUGCCCAGCUUCUUCGCCGCCAAAAAGAAGGUUGAGUCAAACAGUCCAUCUUCCACUGAACACACCAAUAAUAACUUCUUCAGCCGCCUUUCCCCGCUACAUGGACUCCCAUCCCAACUCAAGAACGAGGCUGCAACCAGUGUGGACUCGCUCCCCAUGUCUCCUACUCUGGCUGGAUACUCAGGAGGAGACUAUUUUGCAAGAAAGCGUGGUGGUGAGGAUGAUGAUAUGUACUCUCCAAGGCCUUUUGGAAUUCGUCCUAAGACGCCUGAACACCCUCUUAGGACGCCUCAGCAUAGGCCCCGUACACCCCAACGCGUCUCUGAUACUAGGCCGUGGGCGCACCAGGCGGAUCCAAUUUCCCUAGAAACUAGGCCAAAGACGCCCAUACAUGAGUCUUCUGCAAUAGGAAGGAGGCCCCAAACACCAGAAACUAGGCAGCAGACUGCACAACACAGGGGAAGGUCGACUGAGUUCAUGGCAAGAUCCCCCGGGCCAAGGUCCAAGACCCCAGAGCCUCAACCUACCUACUUUGAACCAUCCUCAGGGACACCAAAAAUGCGGUCCAAGACGCCGGAACCCAGUACUAGGGUUCCACAAACUCAGCCCAUAUCCCACAGAUCUCUUGACAGUGCUGAAACUAGGCCUAGGACACCGGAACACCAGACCAGGACCGUAGAAACAAGGCCAAGAACACAUGAAAGUAGGCCAAAGACUGCAGUCUAUAGAGGAAGAUCACCUCGUCACAGAGAGACGAUCUCACAAAACCAACAAAGGUCGUUUGAGAUGGGUCAAAGGUCACCUCAAGCCCACAUUUAUCUUGGGAGCAAAGCUGAAUCGGAGAACGAUGAUGAAUCAGUUCUACUCUAUCCAGAACUUAUUUUGUCACCUCAAGAAAGGCCACCCAUUACGCCUAGUCGCAAGGGAUAUGAAACUCCUACCAAACAGGAAGAACGUUUUGAUCAACUUGAUGAGUCGGCUAGCUCAGAUGAUGAUAAAUUUUCAUUUGUGGAUGAUGAUGAUCACGACGAUAAGCAAGACAAGGAGCCGCCAGAGCUCCCAGAUGAAUCGCAGAGCUUCAGUCUCUCAGAAAUCUCCCGCAUGAAAGGAAUAAUAAUAACUAAGAAGAAUGACGAGAUCCAGUCCAUUGUAUCUGACUCUAUUGUUUCUGUGGGAGACUACAAAGUCCGAGCGAGCGUCUCGGCCACUCUUUACCAAAUCCUCGACAAGCACGGCGAUAUUGCAUCCGGUACUAAACUUCAUUCGCUUGCCGCGCGAUCCUACUACCUCGAGAUGCUUGCCUCCGUUGUUUUCGAACUCCAGACGACGCCCUUGAGGCAUCUCAAGGAGUCCCGCGUGGUGGAAAUGCUAGCGAUUGUUAGAGACGUUGAGUCGGUGAAAAUCAAGGCAGGUUGGCUCACGCCCGUCCUGGAGGAAAUAGUCGAGGCGGUUAAGCACUACGACCAACACGAGAGGAGCAGAGUGGAGAGAGAGUUGUGGGAAGGGGAAGUGUUGCUUGUGAGACAAGAAAUGGAGAGAGAGGGGAAGGAGCUGAAGGAGAAGGAGAAGAAGUUGAAGGAGUGGAGGGAGAGAACGACGGAGAUGGCUGGGAAGUUGGGUAGUCUUGGUAUGAGACGAGCGCGUCUUGACAAGAGCUUGGCGCUUCUGAGUUCCAAGGUGGACAAGUUUCAGGGUAAAUAUGUUCUCUUGUGACCAAACAAUUACUUCUUGUUCAUUUGGCGUUGCGUAUGCAUCCGAUCAUUCUUUUUGUUCAUCGCGUGUGAGUGACAAGACAAAGCCUAGCUAGCCGCAAAAUAAGCAUUUGUGAUUAUCUGUUUUUGGCUUUUGGUUAGAGUGUACUGUGUAUAUGUGAUUAUCUGUUUUCUACACGUCCUGCUCUAUGUAUAUUUAUCUCUUUUCAACAGCUUAUGAGAUAAAUGAAACGCAGAAAAACUAAUA